AUGAAGGUGAAAAGGAAGAGAAAAUGUAGUGAUAUAGUGAUGAUGCAUUCAUUUUUUAAGCACAGAGAAUACUGUAUAUUUGACACAGUGGACCUUUUGUGCCGUUCCAAUAAUGGCGCACAUCACACCGAUGAAAUAAGCACAAAAAGACUGUUACUACGGAGAGGACAGCCCUUCCACAUUUCAGUGAAGUGCAGACAGAAUAUUCUAACUAAGCCUGUUCUCCCAUUUCACUUCAUUAAUGUGCUUAUGUCCAUAGGAAAAAACAACGGUACUCAAAUUAAGCUAAGCACCAUGAAGACUGAGACCACAGAAUGGCGAUUUAGCAUGGAACUGGCAGGGGAUGAGCUAUUGCUUACUAUUUGCAGCCCAGCAUCUGCAAUAAUAGGAAGAUACAACUUAUAUCUGAUGUUGUAUGACAGUCAGAAUCAACUGCAGCAACAGAAGUCUGCCGGGCAGUUCUAUCUCCUUUUUAAUCCUUGGUGCAGAGAGGACACUGUUUAUAUGUCAGAGGAAGAAAAGCUGCAGGAGUAUAUCAUGAAUGAACACGGAGUACUCUAUCAGGGCAUGUGGAAUGAUAUUUAUGAAGUGCCUUGGAACUUUGGACAAUUUGAAGAAAAUAUAGUGGACAUCUGUUUUGAAAUUCUGAAUAACAGCCUGCCAGCUUUAAGUAAUCCAGUGAAUGAUACUCUGAAGCGUUCAGAAGCUGAAUACAUCAGCAGGAUUGUGACUGCUAUGGUGAAUUCAAACGAUGACAAAGGAGUGCUGUUAGGGAAAUGGGAUGGUAAAUACUGGGAUGGAAUCCCUCCCACCCGCUGGACAGGGAGUGUGCAGAUUCUGCAGCAGUGGAGCAGAUCGGGAGCUGAGAAAGUACGAUAUGGACAGUGCUGGGUGUUUGCGGCAGUUGCAUGUACUGUGUUGAGAUGCUUGGGGAUCCCAACCCGCUGUGUAACAAAUUACUGCUCUGCACAUGACACCGAUGGCAAUCUGAAUGUCGAUUGUUAUUUAAAUAAUGAGCUGCAGCUCAUUCCAGGAAGCACAAAAGACAUAAUCUGGAAUUUUCACUGCUGGGUUGAAUCAUGGAUGGCUCGCCAUGACCUCCCCCCUGGAAAUGAUGGCUGGCAAAUCCUUGAUCCUACUCCUCAAGAACGAAGUGAUGGUGUUUACUGUUGUGGUCCUUGCCCAGUGAAGGCUGUAAAACAAGGCAAUGUUGAUGUGAAGUACGAUACUGCAUUCGUGUUUGCAGAAGUAAAUGCAGACAUAGUGUACUGGGUACUUAAUAAGGAUGGGACAAGAUCGCAAACGGGUGCUUUCUGCAAAGAAGUGGGAAAAUGCCUCAUUACAAAAAAUGCUUAUGGUGAUAAAAGAGAAGACAUUACUCAACACUACAAGUAUCCAGAAGGUUCUAAAGAAGAGAGGGAAGUAUAUGCAAAAGCUGGUAUGAAAAGAAGGCUCCUGUGCUCGGAGAGCAAAGAUGUUUGCCUUACAUUUAAGCAUGCUACAGUAGUCUAUGGCACUGAUUUUGAUGUUUAUGUUGAAAUCUGCAACAACAGCUUUGUGGAUAAAAAUGUCAAUCUGACAAUAGUGGCAAAAACCGUAACAUAUAAUGGCAUCAUUCUGCAAGAGUGCCAUAGGAAAACAACAUCCUUCCCACUAAAAGCAUUAAAAGUGAAAAGAGAAGUUUGCAGGAUAAAAUAUGAGCAUUAUGCUGAUCGAAUCUCAGAACACAAUUUAAUAAGAAUUACAGCCCUACUAUCACAGAACGGUAAAGAUGAGAUGAUUCUGUCAGAAAAGGAUAUUGUUCUUGCAGUCCCUCAGUUAAAUAUAAAGAUUAUUGGAGAACCAGUUUUAUUCCAGAGAUGUAUGGCUUGUGUAUCAUUUGUGAAUCCUUUACCUAUUACAUUGCUAAAUGGAAUAUUCACAAUUGAAGGAGCUGGCCUUACAAACAUUCAAGAAAUUAAGUCUAAGCCUGAAGAGAUUCGACCUGGACAAGAAGUGACGGUCACUGUGCCUUUUAUACCUACCAAGGCUGGAUUACGUAUGCUCCUAGUGGAUUUUGAUACAAACAGAUUAAAAGCUGUGAAGGGACAUGUCAGUGUUCUUGUUAGUGAGGAGUAAUUUAAGAGGCUGCUUUUGAAUGUCAGUUUAAAUGUAUAAACGUUACCACUUCAUGUUGCCGAAGUGUUUCAUGUUCUUGCUAUGGAACUGUUUGUCAUUUUGUGCUUGUGUGUACCCCUCUCCACAUGCACACACACAUAUACACAUGCAUGUGAGCACACAGACAUGCAGACACACACAUUGUAUACAUUUUUGUAUAUUAUUGGGAAAUAGUCCUGUAUUUUUUAAAAGUAAAUAUUUCUAAGGUCUUAAACUGACAUUUGCUUUUUGUCUUACCUCCACACCCACCCCAACCCACCACAUGCACUGUGAUAGGUCUAAACUAAACACAGAGGAAAAGGACUUAUAAAUCACAAGUGUAAUAUCAUUUUAAGUAAUCCUAUCUGCAUUGCAGUCUCACAGCAGCUUCAGAGCUUAAAUUAUCCUCAAGGAAAAAGGCAAUCAAAAAUUGCAAUACCAUUCCCAAUAUAAAAAUCUAAACACUUGGAGAGUCACCAAUAAAAAUGAUUACACAAAUGUCUAAUUAGACAAAGUAUCCUGCAGAUGAAACUGCUAGAAUUUUGUCACAUAACAGCCAUUCACUUGAAAUGCUGCGUAAUAAGAAUCAUAAAAUCACAGCCUGCUUUGGAAGUCUGAUGGUAUCCCACCUUAACCAUUUUCCUGAUUGUAUUGCAUUCACUUAUGGAACAAUUCCUUUCCACAGUUGUUUCUGCUCAUAAUAGGAAACUGUGAUAAUUGCCAUUCUCAGCAAAAAGAAUCUUGAACCUCUGCCUUCAUUUGUCCAACUAAUCAGUCUAAAUUUCAUGUAAAUGUGUAUACUCUUAUAAGAAAUCCUGGUGUUUUCACUGAAUAGAUGGUAAAUAUAACCGGAUUAUGUGUAUUUUUGUGACAAAACUGAAAAGAAUUUUGUUCAAUGCCAUUUGACUCUAAAAUAAACUAAGAUCUAAGAUUUUAUUGAUUUCCUGUGCAACUUCCUGUCAGAGAGACGUGUAAAGUGACAAUGCUGCUGUAUUUAGAUGCUGUACUAUUUAACAUAAUGCAUUCUUUGUAUAUCAGACACUUGGGUGAAAUUUCUUGAAGUAACUUAUGCGGGAUGAUGCUGUGGUAUCUGAUAAGAAUGUUUAUAUGAAAUAGGUAAUAAGGUUCCUAUGAGUGAAGAGUUAUACCCUAAAAAAUAAACUGUUGUCACAUCUGUCAUCUGUUAAUAUGAUACUGUAACAUACUUUUGUGACCUUAUUAUGUAUAAAUAUAUCAUCAUACAUUUUGUCUCAGUUGUAUAUUCCGUGCCACUGUACCAUUACAGACUUGUGUUAUACUACUGUUUAAUUCUGACAACUUUUUGUCUCAGUUGUAUAUUCCGUGCCACUGUACCAUUACAGACUUGCGUUAUACUACUGUUUAAUUCUGACAACUUUUUGUCUCAGUUGUAUAUUCCGUGCUACUGUACCAUUACAGACUUGCGUUAUACUACUGUUUAAUUCUGACAACUUUUUGUCUCAGUUGUAUAUUUCGUGUUAUUGUACCAUUACAGACUUGCAUUAUACUACUGUUUAAUUCUGACAACUUUCUUUUCAGGUCCCUUCUGUAAAAUGAAGACUGCACAGUAAAGCUAAACUAGUCAGAAAAAUAAUAAUAAUAAUGAUCAGCAAAAAAUAAUAGUACUAAUUGAUUAAGGACUGUUGUAAUAGGGACAAGUCACGAGAGUGUAUAAGGAGACUGCUGCCUUUAAUAAAGCAUGUUUGUCCACCA